GUUUCAUUAUCAUCCAGGUAGAGGUUCACCCAAACCAAGUCCGGACUCUACGUCUCCUUUGCCUGUAUAACACAUACUCCGUCGUACUGUCGGUAUCGGUCAUUCGGUGAUCGCCUGCCAUUGACAGCGAGGUAGAGUGCGGCGUGGUGUCACAAUACGGUAUUCCCAAUACGACCGACCCUAUCUCCGCCCCUCCGAUUUCCUACACAUCGCAUUUCUCUUCCUCUGUCUCUUUUUUUUUCCCUCUCUUUCUCUUCACCUCCAUCUACUCCCUUCCCCUGGCUGUGGCCAUAUAUCUGGUUCGUUUCUAGUCCGAUUGGCUCGAUCGCCGAUCUUCUACUGGAUCUCUUGGGUCUUUUUUGGUUGCGCGGAAGACCCGACUUUUUUAGACUCCCGCUGGGAUCCAUCGCAGGGCCCAUCGCGCAGCAUAUCACCAUACCUAAUCACUCUUGCCUGAUCCAACCCAACCAGCCCACUUUACUCUUCUUUCUUCCUGAAAGCUCUUUGUCCUCUCUUCCAUCUGGGCAGUUUCUUUCAGCAAUCUUCAAAAUUAUUCUGGUCCACAUUGCCCAUUUCUUGCAACCUCAUUUCUACAAUUUUGGCUUUUCUUUUUUUCCCUCAAAUUCGUUGCGACCGUGCAUGCCCAGAAAUACGCCUGACAGCGCCAUCCCCAGCCCCGGGCUCCGAUCCAGUUAAUCCGCUCCGAACAAGCGAUUCUCCCGCAGCCGUCGGUUUCUUCAAGUUAAUUACUUGCGCCUCACGAUUCCUCGGUUCUAGUCCCUCCUGUCGCGUGGCUCGACCCCCCCGGAGAAGACGUUCCCGGCCGCCGCAGAUCCUCCAUCGCAACAUCACACUUUGAACGAAAUCGGGCUAGGUGAACUCACAAAGUUGCUUCGCACGCGUGUAUCAUAUUCCUCGAAAGCCACAACUGGUCUAUCGUUGUCACAUUUGAAGCGCUGACCGCUUCUCCCUGACAACUCAUCCCCCCCCCCCCCCCCCCCCCUCCCUCCACGCGUUGCAACCUCCCGCCUCCCCCACUCGCGUUAGGCCUCAUCGCCUGACUUGGUGGAUGCGCGUUGGUAUUUAUACGACGUCCUUCGACUUGAAUCGUUCUACAGUACAUAGGCAAGGGUGGCUGUAGACCCACCGUUCGCCACCAUGAACCAGAUGAACGUUGGAAUGAACCCCGGAGUCGGAGGCCCUGUGGGUGGUGUGCCCAUGAUGAACAAUGGGUCCACGGCUCCUCGUAAUGAUGGCGGCAUGAACAUGAAUAACCCCGAGAUCAUGAUCAAUAACCUCAACACCUAUAUCUAUGACUACUUCUUGAAACGCGGCUACCACGACUGUGCGCGUGCACUCGUGCAAGACGAAUCCAUUAAGAUCAACACCGACAAUGGCACAAAGACCAGUCCGGGCAGCCGGCCCGGGGACGUGAACGGCGUCGAUGGCGAUCCUAUGAUGACUGAUGGAAAAGAUGGCGAGAAAAUCAAGAUUCCUGAUGAUCUUCCUCGACCCAGCCUUCCCAGUGAAAGUCUUCAGUCCUCUUUCUUGUUGGACUGGUUCAGUCUCUUUUGGGACUUCUUCUGGGCCCAGCGGAAGCGGGGUAACAGCAACGACGUGAGGCAAUACCUCCAGCACACCCAGAACAUGAUGCGCAUCCGAGAACAGCAACACAACCAGCUCAUGCGACAACAGCCGAUGAUGCCGGGCCAAGUGCCACUUGGCGUUCGCCGUGGUGGCAACGGCAUGGUUCCUCCCAACUUGCAAAAGGCGGCUCUGAAUAACGGCUUAUCCCAACAGCAAUUGGCCGCCCAGUUCCAGAAGAACCAGCAGAUGCAGAUCAUGCAGCAGAUGCAACGGGAACAGUCUGAAAUGGACAUGAACGGGAAUCGGCCACAGUCACCUGCAUCUGCUGACAACGCUCCCUCGCCGUCGAAACGCCCUCGCCUCGAAGGUGGUGCCGUGAACGGGCAGCAAUUAGCUCCCAAUGGACGUGGACAGGGACAGAUGCAAGGCCAGCAAAACCCCCAGCAGCUGAUGAUGCCGAACGGAAUGCAGAGGGCUAUGAAUCCGGCACAGUAUCAGCAGUUCCCGCCGGGACAAGCUGUGCAACAGAAAUCCAUGCAGGGUCUUCCGAAUGGUGGUAUGAUGAAUCCCGGUGUUAUGCCGAAUCAGGCGGACCUGGUGCCGAUGCCGGAUGGACAAGGAGGCAUGUACCCCGUGGGUCCAGAGUACUACAACUCAAACGGCCAGCUCCAACAGGUUCGGCCCGGCAUGCAAACACCUGGCGGUCAGCAUGGCAACCAUGCUCUCCAGGACUAUCAGAUGCAACUUAUGCUGCUUGAACAGCAGAAUAAGCGUCGCCUGAUGAUGGCUCGUCAAGAGCAGGAUAGCAUGUCCCGUACUGACGGCCAGCCCCCAAUGCCCGGUCAGGGAUUGCCUCCGGGCACCUCUCCCCAGGGUAGCAGGGCGGGUGCGUCCCCGAACCCCAGCGAUCAAAUGAAACGAGGCACGCCCAAGAUGCCUCAGACCGGUCUCCCGGGAUCUCCAAGCGCCGGCGACAUGGGCCAAAACCGUGGAUCCCCCGCGUCAAUGGGUUUGAAUGGCGCCCAGAUGCCUCCCGACAUGGCGGCUGCCGGAUUCUUCCCGGGUCCCGGUGGGCCCAUGCGUCCCCCAAGCUCCAACCCGGCAUUUACUGGAGCUCAAAUGGGUCAGCCCAUCCCCGCCAACGCCGGUCGUGUGCCCAGUGGACAAUGGCAGCCCGGACAGCCUAUGCCUCAGCAUUCGCCGGCCACCCAACCCCAGGCAGGUACCCCGCAGGAUCGCAGCACCAUGCCUCCACCUCAGGCACCACCGGCUGGCGCCAACGCAGGCCGUCCCCAGCCGCCAUCUCCCCAAACUACUGGCAAUGCGCCACCGACGCCCCAGCAGUCUACUAAGGCCGCCCCCAAGGGCAAGAAGGAAGGUGCAAAGGAGAACACUCGCAAGCGUCCCAACAAGAAGAACGCCGCUGCUGCUGCCGCCGCCGCCACCCCCUCUACCGAGGCCAACGAACCUACUCCGACUCCAUCUACUCCCGUCACGCCUCAUGCUCCCAACUCCUUCGCCAAGGGUGGACCUAAUGCCACUGCAACCGCACCUCCCCAGCAGACCUCGGCCCCUGCACCUCCUCCCAUGGUUCAGCCCACUCCGGACCCAAGCCAGCAAACAUUCAAUGAUCUCUCCAUUCCUGAUGCCUCUGCUUUCAGCUUGGACUUCAGCACUCUGGAUAACCCUGACAUUUUGGAGAGCUUUGACUUUGAUACGUUCCUCAACACCGAUGGAGACGGUACCGGCUUCGGCUUUGACCCAAACAUGGGCUACUCCGCUGACGGUGUUGAGACCGGGGCUGGUGACGGCCUGUGAAUGAUUUGAAAAGUCUUGACGGUUCUCUUCAGGUGUUUAAACCUCCGAUAUACCCUUGUUUUUGUACAUUUGUGAUAUUCCUCUUCGUUUUAGUGCGUUCUCCUUGACCGUUUCCUGCGGGUAACUUUCACCCUUGAUUGAUUGUUGUUUGGACCUUUUUUUACGGAACCUAUUCUGCCUCGCUCGGAUAUGUGUUGCGUGCGCAUGUGCUGUGAGAUUGGCGUUGGUGUGCUCCUCUCCCUUUUUUGAGUCUCGCGUGUGUGGUUUGCAUUGUCUAAACCUCCAAUUCUCUCCUUUCUAACCAACUGAUUCUUUUUUCUCCCUGUCGAACAUUCAUCUCCCGCGCAGAUAAUGAUCACGGCAGCGGUGCUGAUGAUUGUUGCGACGGGUGGAAAAUGGGCUGACCCUGAACACCCCGGAGGCGCCAUUCUGUAUUCGAGAUUAGUUGCACUGUGACCUACGAGUUUCUUCGCUUCUCUUCGUUUUAUUACUACACCUUAUUCCUUGUCUGGUCACUUAAUCCCUCGCUUGCCCGAAAUGGGACGAGAAUCUGGCCCAUGUCCGAUAUUCCCUGGUCCGCAGUAUUCCAGCAGCAUCUUGAAGCUGCUAUACCCGGAUUUCCCUUUUCUUUAUGAUCCAUUCUUGUUCUUUUAACCGAAGGACUAGAAUGCCUUUGAUACUUUGCCUUUUUUCUUUUCCUUUUCUUGUCAUUGUCUUUCUUUUUUCUUCUUCCAAUUUCUUACCCUUUUUUUUACUUUUGAUCUGGUCCUAUUAUCAAACAAACCAAAUGGGCGUUAUGAACUGGAAAUUCACAAUUACGUUUCCCAUUCUACAAGCUCCUACUUUACAUCCUUGGUCCAUAUCGGUGAUUAUUACAAUGGUAUCAGCCGUUUUGGUAUAUGCAAC